AUGAAGGAACUUUUGUCGAUUGCGAGGGCUUCUGUGUUGAUUAAUGGUUCCCCAACUGAUGAAUUUCAAAUUCAUCGUGGGUUGAGACAGGGUGAUCCUCUUUCCCUUUUUUUGUUUAUUUUGGCUAUGGAGGGUCUUCACAUUGCUUUGAUGCAGGCUCGAGCUGUGAAUGCUCUCAGAGCGGUCUCUAUUUCAGACAUUGAAAUCUCUUAUCUCCUGUAUGUGGAUGAUGUUAUGUUAGUCACUCCUUGGAACCCUGAGAACGCUAACUGUCUCCUUCGUAUCCUUAGAUGCUUCUACUUGGCUUCUGGGCUUAAAAUCAAUUUACUUAAAAGUAAAUUGAUUGGUGUGGGAAUUUCUUUUUCUCAAGUUCUUGUGGUGGCAAACAGGAUUGGUUGUGCAGCCUCUAUGCUUCCUUUUUCUCAUCUUGGUAUCCUGGUGGGUCAGCCUAUGACUCGAAAGUCCUCUUGGGUUCCUAUGAUUGAUAAAUUUCGCUCCAAGCUCUCAAUCUAG